CGAGUAUAAAAAUGACAUACAUACAUAAACACACUCACAUAAAUACCUAAGGAAAAUUGUAAAUAACGGCAGCGUAUCAAUCUUUCAUCGUCCCAUUAAGUAGAUUUUGAUACACUCCAACGGCGAAUUAACGAAUCGACGCACAACUAGAUAACCUUACGUGUAAAUAGCAUAUUUUUUCACUUAACGAAUAUUCUCUCUCGUUAAAUAUUAUAACGUCGCUCCCAAGAAGCAGCAGGAAAAGCGUGCGAGCAAGCUCCGAUGAUCUUACGGGAGCGUGAUUGGCCUACGUUUAAACACAACACGACAACAACAACAACAAACAGAAACAACAACAGACAACAACAACAACAGUCAUGUAAUAUCCGAAAGUAUUCGUAUAAGAAGCGCGUGCAAUAUUUCUCAUUGCUUUCGUUGAAAGGAUCGAAAUCGCACAGACCAUGUUCCUUUUUAAGAAAAUAUCGGGCUUAUACGUCCAGAAUAAAGAAAAAGAAUAAUCGUUGUCAAUGACGCACGUUAUUAUACGUUAUUCGUACAUAUAUCAGCGAUUAUCGAUCGAGAUAAUUUUCUUUCUUUCGAAACAUCAGGACAGAGAUCUAUCUAUUUUUGUUUCAACGUUAUCUUCCUCUCAAAAUAUGAUAUGUAUGUACAUAUUUAUGUAUAUAUGUAUGUAUGUAUGUAUGCAUGUAUGUAUGUAUGUAUGUAUGUAUGUAUGUAUGAUGUAUGCAUGUAUAUAUAUAUGUAUGUAUGUACGUACGUAUGUAUAUAUUACGAUGUAAUUACUACCAUUGAUUUACGCGUUGAAAACGCGCGAGCAAUUUUCUUAAGCCGAAGCGACUUUCUAACGAAAGACUGGACAACCAGAGUAAUCAAGAGUACAUAAUACUUUACGUAUUUUAUGCAAUCACGACACGAUACCGUUAAAACGUCUAUAAGAGAACGAGGCUGUCUUGCGUCUCAUAUUUAUGAAUGAAUUAUCGAUAUAACGAUAUAUUGUAUACCGUUCUCAACUGUACUGUUGUCAUAGAUAUUUUGUUGUAUAAAAAAAAGGCGAAAAAAAAAAUAUGAAACUACGAGAUAUGUACAAGCAUACAAAAUGAAUAUAUUAUAUGUUUAAUGUAAAAA